CCGCUGCCAGACAUGAUCGGCCAGUUCUUCAGCAGCCGCAAAGGCAACCACCCCGCCAGCAGCCCCGCGCCCACGACGACGCUCGACUCUGCCACCGAGGAGUCGCACACCCGCCAUCUGCUGUACCCGGACAGCAGCACCCUCUUCCACCCCGAUGGCCAGCCGUACCCGCUGCACGCCGCACCGCUGACGCCCGGCACCGGCCACGACGGGCCUCUCCCUGAGAUCGACCUCGAGUUCCCGCGCGACGUCCGCAUCAUCAUCGCCCAAGAUGACUUCGCACACAUGGCCAAGACGGUGCUGUUCGACAGCAAGCCAGGCCCGCCGCGCGCCGAGUCGCCCACACUGCCUCACACCCGCGCACGAGCCUUCGACGGCACCAAUGCCAUGUCCGCCAGCACAGCAGGGCCGACCUUUGGGGGCCUACACGCCCGCCGAACUUCGCUCGUCGCAGAAGCGACGCCCAGGUCGCCCACCGUGGGCAGUUUCACGCGCACGCGCACGCGCGGCUCCUCCAUAUCGUCCAUGCCGAACAUCGACGAACAUGCCCAGAUCCAGGCACAGGCCCAGGCACGCGCCAGAGAGUCGUCCGACCUAGUCAACACCUGCCUCGACUGCAUGUUCGGCAGCACGAGCAUGACCUACCGCGGCAACUCGAACAAGAUGCACAUUGUGCCGCUCGAGACCAAGCCAGAGCCUGCCGUGCUGGGGCCUAGCAUGCACGACCUGUCAGGCUCACUGGGACGCGGCGACGGCUUCCGCAGGAGGAGCAACCUGGCCAAGUCCUUCACGCCCUCGAACCUACCCACCGACCUUCCACGUGCCGACUCGAGCGAGAAUGUGUCCAAAGAACCAAAGCGCCGAACCAUCUUCAUCACACGCAUGUUCUCUGUCCCCAGUCCAGACGACAGCUUCGACGUCCGUACACCGACACAUGCGUCCAGCGCGCAGCCUCAGGGCGGCGGCGGCUUCCCGUUUCCACAGGCAAACGCCAAAGCUGACCGGCGCGCAGGAUGGGCGUUUAUCGACUCGAACCUUGGCGCCGAUUCGCUCGUCUCGUCAGCAUUAAGCAGCCAUGUCGACGAUCGCGUUGACGUCGUUGGCCAGCAUUGGGACGUCAUCAUGCGCGCCCUCACCAGUUUACAGCAUGUGGUUCGAGAGCGCAUCUCUGCCCACUACAAGACGCCGGUCGCAAUGUCACCGCCUGACCAGCCCCAACACCGCCGAGCGCCGUCCCGAGCCAGCGUUCGAGAAGGCCCUCCCCAGCUAGGACGCAGACCGCCUCUGCGGCUGCAGCCCAAUGCACUUAUGCUGGACAAGGAGAUACAAGCUGCGGCAGAGCUGACUGGCAAUCGGGUGGUCAGUGGCAUGCGCAUACCUCGAGCCAUGACAGGUCAGGGCAAGUGGGGAGUCUGGCGAGAAGAAGCGAGGUGGCUCGGACGAUGGGCUGGCCGGCGCGAGCAGAAUUUCUUUUUCUUCAAUCUGCUCACGGCCUUCCUUGGAAACCACACCGAAUGGCUCAGUCUACUAGGCCCCAAAUGGGCUCGCAAGCGCCAUCGGGAACAGCAGAAGGCUACUGUUGGAGAGAACAUCGUGAUUUCGAAUCGCACUGUCAUAGUGUCCCCAGACAAGAUGGCAGCACGGAGAUUGAUCUUCCUCCUUGCCGCCUUUCUGCCUCCGAACUCACCUGUGAUCGGCGAUGCCGUCAAUAUAGUGCGACCGGGCACCUCUGCUUCGCUCCGAGCAUAUUCGCAGUCUCCGCCGACCAAUAUGCCUCCAUCGAGAAAACAGUCGUUGCGGCGCCAAAUCAACAGGCGGCCACGAGAUCAGCAGAGUAUGACCAACAUGCGAUUACAGCCGCCCACAUCCACUAAGACGGACGCAGCCUCUGCCGGUACUUCGCACCAACGCUCUGUAUCAGCAGUCGUUGAAGCUUCAGAUGCUAUGAAACCUCCAACGCACUCUCGGAGGUCUUCAACACACUCGAUACGCACAAGCCUCGUGAUCCCCUCGAUGUCUGAGGGUGCUGCUCCUGGCAAGAAUGCUGUCGUCUCACCAUCAACUGCUGCAUCUCAGAGCGCGAUCCCCAUUGCACACUUCACGCUACCCAGAACGAGAGCUGGCGGGCCAAUCACCGACUAUAGACCAGAGAGCAGCGAUAGCUUAGCAUCAGCGAACCUGAUCAACACCUUGCAGAGAAGCGGGACUGGACAAACCAGCCUGGCUAGCAAUGACUCGAGCAAUAAUAGCCGUUGGAGCGGGUUUAUGAACUUUUGGAGUGGUGGAAGUCGCGACUCCUCAACAGACGGCAGUAGCUAUCUCCAGACCACAGAUGACGGCGUCGGGUUUCGCGGGCAAGAACGGCCACGAUCGCAACUUGAACAGAUGGUGCAGGAGCUCUCGAUGGACGACGGCGUCUUCGAGGAGGGAGAACCUUACGAUACCCCAGGCACCAGCGCGAAUUUCACAGCAAAGAUGUCAUCCGAUGCCUAUCCAGUUGGCACCUCAAGCGGCGUCCCUGCCUCAGCAGCACGCCCCAUUCCUGAGCGCCCAAAGACAUUCGAGACGCAACUUAAACUCUCUGUGAACGAGAAAGACGGCGUAAUAGAUGUCGACAUCGCUCUCCCCGACUUUGGCUCGCCCCUUCAGUCUCCCCUCUUUGGCGGCGCAGGCUCAGUUGGCAGCCAGCACGGCUCCAGCUUCGGCGAGUCCUCUAUACUCUCGAUGCCGUUCAACGAACCCGAACAACCCGUCAACGCAGCAGGUUGGCUCUCCCAAUUCCACCCCGACUUCGCCAUCCAAGCCAUCAAGCCCUACGCCACGCUCGAGCGGGACAUCAAGCGCGCUAUGUCUGCCGAACCAACACCCAUCACCUUGGCCACAACACCUUCCGUCGAAACAGGGCCCAUGGAGCGCUGGAUCGACGUCUGCUCCGCGCUCGUCGCCGACACCCGCACCUUCUCCAUCAAACGCCUCUCCCUCCGCCGCCUCGUCCGCCUCAUCCCCGCCCCAACAUACCAACCCACCGCCCUGACACCCGGCGUAGCAGGUAUGCCGCCCGGCCGCUCACAAUACGGCAACCCCUACACUUCGUCUUCUGUGGCUCCAAUGCCGACGGAGAUCCACCUUGCUGAGAAAUUCGACGAAGAAGCGAUCAUGGACUUCGACGCCGUGCUCAUCGAAGGCAUCGACCGUGUGCUCGCGCGCUCGGGCGACACCACACGCGCGAAUUCGAACCAGUCCUCGCGGUCGAGCUCAAGACGUGGGCGCAGGAAUACGGGAGUGGAUUCAGAUGUAACAGGUAUUGUUGGGGGAACGCAUGUCGAAGUGCCGCAAAUGGAUUGUAAAGGAGUGAUUUUCGAUGCGUUGGAGACUGUAGUGAAGAAUGUUACGGCGGAGAGAAGUGGCGGGAAGGAGGGACAUGUGGGGGAGGAGAAGAGUGUUAGGACGGUGGACCAGAGGACGUACACGGAUAGUAGUUUGAAGGAGGGGGUAAGAAGGUGGUUGUCUGAAGUCGAAUGAAGGGAGACCUCGGAUGAAUUUGUGUACAAUAGGUAGUUUUGCUUCUCUUGCUGCGUUUUAGCGUUGCUUUCGGUUGUUCUUGGACAUUGAGGGGAGGAUGAUACCUGGUGACGGACGGGUGCGUUCGUCGCCUUAGUCGGAUGGUGAGGAAUACAAUGAAAUUCAGAUGGUACAUCGACCAUGUGCAAACCCAUCUGUCCUGUCUAUGGUCAACAGCCACGUGCUGGCGUGAGCGAGCUGCGACCGCACAAUGGCGUGGAGAAGAUGGGCAUGAAAGGUCUUCGAAAACUUGUAUUGCUGGAUCUACGAAGAU